AUGGCUGGCUUUUUGAAUGACAUCUCGGAGUGGAGCAGGCCCGAGUUCAAGCUCUUUAUCAGGGAGCCAUUCAAGGACCAACGAGAUAUUGAUCCUUGUGACUGGGAUGUUCGCUUAGAAUUCUAUGUUCAGCAAAUUCCUCGAUAUGCCAAUUAUAGUUCUGCCAUGAUCAUGCGAGGCCGCGAGCUAGUUGAACUCUUCAAGACUUGUCCGCGGAAUAUUGCCGUUGCAAUGCGAAAGCUCUGUGCUAAGGGGGUCGUGACGCCGUACUCACGGUUUGGAAUCAAUGAUGAUAGAACGUUUCUACAGAAACUGUUGUGGUGGAAGAAAUCUGUCCCAGAUAAUAUUGUAGAAGACCCUGAUACCGAAUGGGUGUUUGUACGUAUAUUUCGCGACCAGCUAGGGCAGAUAGGUCAGUUUCUCAGAAGCCACUACGCUCACCGAGUUCUUACCACGGCAGACCUACGAAACCUACUGUCACUGUCUGGCAUGGAUAAGUUCAUUGAUUCCUCCGACACUGUACGACUCCUUAGGGCCAACAACGACAUCCUAAUACCCAUCUUUGAAAAUGAUGACACACUCAUAGGGUGGGUAUUUACUCUAUAA